AUGUCUGCCCAGAACUCGGCGGGUAUCCAGACCCUCCUCGAUGCUGAGAGAGAGGCAUCCAAGAUUGUACAGAAGGCUCGAGAAUUCCGAACCAAGCGCGUCAAGGAGGCCCGUGACGAGGCAAAGAAGGAAAUCGCCGACUACAAGGCCAGCAAGGAAGACGAGUUCAAGAAGUUUGAAGCCGAGCACAGCAAGGGCAACGAGGCUGCCGAGCAGGAGGCGAACAAGGAGGCCGAGAAGCAGAUUGCCGUGAUUAAGGAGGCCGGCAAGAAGAACCAGGAGACCGUUGUGAAGAACCUGCUGCAGGCUGUGUUUGAUGUUAAGCCUGUGGCUGCGUGA